AUGGAUGACAAAGAGGAGCUUCAUCUAACCUCACAAGAGCUGCAAGUGUUAUCAGAGCUUGACAGCCGCCAGUUUGGAUUUUUAAAAUUACGUGGCAAUGAACAUGGCAGAACUCGAUCUCUUGUUCUUAAGGCUGUCAAAUAUUUGGAGGGAAUGUUGGUACAAGUUAAGGAAGAAGAAAGAGCAUGUUCACCAGGUGCCAGAAGAGAUAUUUGUAUAGAUCCAAAAACAUAUUGUAAGUUAGGACAUUUCCAUCUCCUUCUUGAAGACUAUGCAAAAGCUAUGUCAGCUUAUCAGAAGUUUUACGCGUUGGAACAGGACAACUGGAAGGAUCCCCUGUUUCUAUAUGGACUAGGGCUCUGUUACUACCAUUAUAAUGCAUUUGAUUGGUAA